AGCGGCGCGGAGCUGUCAGUUGGCCCCUCGCCGUCGCAGCGCCCCGUUUCAGACUCCGACGCGCACCGAUAGUGCCGAAGUGCAGUGUAACCCGUCUGUCAUUCCAUCCGUCAGCUGUUUCAUGAGCGGAAACGACAUGGCCAACAACAGGGCAACCAAAUCUGGAUUUGCCGCGGAGGCGCAGCGGAAGAUCAACAGCAAAUACAGCGAUGAGCUUGCCCAGGAAUGCUUGGAGUGGAUCAAGGUAGUCACUGGAGAGAACUUCAACACCUCUGGGGACAUGGAUAACUUCUAUGAAAUCCUGAGGGAUGGCACCUUACUAUGCAGGCUUAUCAACACUCUCCAGCCCGGAUCUAUCAAAAAGAUCAAUGAAAGUCAGAUGGCAUUCAAGUGCAUGGAAAAUAUUAAUGGGUUUUUGGAGAAUGCACGAACAAUGGGCGUCCCUGCUCAGGAAACUUUCCAGACUGUGGACCUAUGGGAAAAACAAAAUCUUAACUCUGUUGUUAUUUGUCUGCAGUCUCUUGGGAGAAAGGCUCACAACUAUGGCAAGCCUAGCAUUGGCCCCAAAGAAGCAGAGAAGAAUGUGCGCCAGUUCUCUGAGGAACAACUGCGUGCCGGCCAGGGCGUUAUCAGCCUGCAGUAUGGAAGCAACAAGGGGGCAAACCAGAGUGGAAUCAACUUUGGCAAUACAAGGCACAUGUAAAACAA